AUGGCGUCUUCACUAAAGCAUUCGGCAACUCGUUUAUUACGUCAACCAUUGUUGCAACGUUCUUUCCACAAUGCUGCACCAUGCGCCUCUCACAUUGGUCGUAAGCCUAUCAGUUUCCCCGAAGAUGUCAAGUUGGAGCACGAUCCCACACCGAUUACCAUGCCACGCAUUCCUUCCGAAUACAACAACACAAAGCUUACAGUGACAGGACCUCUUGGCAAACAAACUGUUAUUAUCAAGCCAUUUGUCCAGCUCAAGACCACAAAGGCUACUGCCGACGAUCCGAAUUCACAAAACCAGGUUGAGAUCUCAGUGGAGAACCCCGAGGAGAAGCAUCAACGAGCCAUGUGGGGUACAACACGUGCACACUUAAGCAAUGCCAUUGUGGGUGUAUCGGAUGGAUACCGAGUCAUGUUGCGACUUGUUGGUGUUGGUUAUCGAGGCGUGUUGGAAAACAAGGAACGAACGCUCUCCUUGAAGCUCGGCUACUCACAUCCCGUUGUCAUGGACUUGCCAGAUGGUGUUACGUGCACUAUCCCCCAACCCAAUCGUCUUGUUUUGCAUGGAUCAAAUAUUCAGGAGCUGACAGAAUUCGCUGCCAAGAUUCAACGAUGGAGAAAGCCUGAACCUUACAACCAAAAGGGUAUCUUUAUCAAUGAUGAAACUAUCAAGAAGAAGGAGGGCAAGAAGAAAUAG